AUGUGGGCCCCCUGUUUCAGCUGGGUCCGAACAGAGCACCCUGGUAUUCGUGACAUGCAAGACUUGAUAAAUAUGGUUGGACAACAGGUUCAGAGGUUGGAGUUGUUCGGAGUGGUGGCAUGGUUCUCAUGGAGUCACAGGAAUAGAUUGAGAUUAAACGAGAAGGGUUUGCCAAGUGAAAAAAUUUUCGAAGUUGCAAAAAUUUACCUCUCGGACUAUCAAGCUAAAUGUCUGACGUCCAGAAUGAAGCAACCUAAGGAAAACACUAAAUGGCAACCUCCAGUGGAAGGCAUUUAUAAGACGAACUAUGAUGGGGUUGUUUUCACCGAGUCAGGGGAAGCGGGGAUUGGAGUUAUUGUAAGAGAUGCAAGGGGGGAGGCUUUAGCUGCACGAAGAACAGCAAAAUUUGCUAUGGAGUUGGGAUUAUCUUCCUCAAUACUAGAAGGCGACUCUGAGGUGGUUUACAGGGCGUUGCAGGCUUCAAAUUGGCGUCACUCAUCCAUUGGUGAAAUUGUAAAAGACACAGUGUCUAUGGUAGGUUCGCUUAGAACCUUUUCUUUCUCUCACACUAGGCGGCAGGGCAAUAAUGCAGCUCAUGCUUUGGCCAAGAGAGCAAUUGUUUCUUUUCCUUUAUUAGUCUGGGUGGAGUAUGUUCCACUAGAUGUUAGUCUAUUUGUAAUUUCUGAUUUGUCAUUUGAUGAAUAA